CCCCUCCGGCACCGACCGGAAAUGAGGUCAUAGGGGGAAACCCGGGCAGGGAGACUGGGCCCGCGAAGCGGCGCCAGUUGGAGGUGGCUGCUGCACCCGAUGUGGUCCUCAUGGAUGAGCUGGUACAUGAUUUAGCCUCAGCCUUGGAGCAGACAUCUGAGCAGAAUAAGCUUGGUGAGCUGUGGGAAGAGAUGGCUCUGAGCCCUCGCCAGCAGAGACGGCAGCUUCGGAAGCGCCGAGGCCGGAAGCGCCGGUCUGACUUCACUCACCUGGCAGAGCAUGCCUGCUGCUACAGUGAAGCCUCUGAGUCCAGUCUGGAUGAAGCUAUUAAGGAUUGUCGAGAAGUUGCCCCCGUCACCAAUUUCAGUGACUCUGAUGACACGAUGGUAGCCAAACAGCACCCAGCUCUCAAUGCCAUUGUUAAGAAUAAGCAGCAUUCUUGGCCUGAAUCGGACUCCUUUACUGAAAAUGCACCUUGUCGACCACUCAGGCGCCGCCGGAAGGUGAAGCGAGUGACGUCAGAAGUGGCCGCCAGCCUUCAGCAGAAGCUAAAGGUGUCAGACUGGAGCUAUGAGCGAGGCUGCAGGUUUAAGUCCGCCAAGAAGCAGCGUCUGUCUCGCUGGAAGGAGAAUACUCCCUGGACCUCUUCAGGCCAUGGGUUGUGUGAAUCGGCAGAAAAUAGGACAUUCCUGAGCAAAACGGGGAGGAAAGAAAGAAUGGAAUGUGAAACAGAUGAGCAAAAACAGGGUUCUGAUGAGAACAUGUCAGAAUGCGAAACCAGCAGCGUGUGUAGCAGCAGCGAUGCUGGGCUCUUCACCAACGAUGAAGGACGCCAAGGGGAUGAUGAGCAGAGCGAUUGGUUCUAUGAAGGGGAAUGUGUCCCGGGCUUCACUGUUCCCAAUCUUCUGCCCACAUGGGCUCCUGAUCAUUGUGCUGAAGUAGAGAGAAUGGAAUCCGGACUGGAUAAGCUUUCAGAUUCUACCUUCCUUUUACCUUCUCGGCCAGCUCAGAGAGGAUACCAUGCUCGCUUGAAUCGUCUACCAGGCGCUGCAGCUCGAUGCCUCAGAAAGGGGCGAAGAAGGCUGGCUGGGAAGGAGACCAGUGUAAGUACUCUGGGUACUGAGAGGAUAAGCCAUAUCAUCAGUGACCCCGGACAGAAAGAAAAGAAUAAAGCAUUGCCAUCUGACUUUCCUCACAUUUCUGCUCGUGCACAUGAGUUGAAUCCGCUCUCUCCCCUUUACUCCCUGGAUGCUCUUGCGGAUGCUUCGCACCGAAGAUGUUCACCAGCACACUGCUCUGCCAGGCAGGCGAAUGCACACUGGGGACCCCCGUGCUCACGUGACAUCAAGAGGAAGCGGAAGCCGGUGGCCACAGCGUCUGUGUCCAGCCCCACUGCAGUUCUCAUGGAUGCGGUGGACCCGGCCACACCAGCCAUGCAAGACCGGAAGUCUCCAAAUUCGGAGUGGUUGGUCCGGACCUCUGCAGCAGGCAAAGCCACUGACUCAACUACAACAACAUUUUUUAAAAUGCCACAGGAGAAGAGCCCUGGAUGCAGCUAGAGAGCCUGAGUCCCCCUGCCCCAGGAGUUGGCUGCGUGUGGUGUCCACCAUGUAGAUCCCUGUGGACAUUCUCCAGCCCUGCACCUCCAGGACCGACUCCUCUGCGCACUGGGCUGCCUGCUCACUUUCAACGUCGUGUUAUGGAAACUUUUUAUUUCUUAUUAAUUAGUAAAGUAUUGAGGCAGCAGUUUUCUUUUUUUUAAAGGCUAUCCUGUGCUGUACGUGUUACCUUAUUGCUAUUCCACCGUUCACCUACAGCUCUCUGUAGAGUUGCUCAUUUUUGCAGGUAGGUCUUAUAUCUUGAAAACCUGGUGACUGCUUUUGCACACCUGUGUACAGCUUUUGGUGCCAUUUGAGGAAAGGAAGGCCCAAAUUUGCAGCCUGUCCAAAUAGACUCCUGCAUGGAAUUGCGUCUGCAGCAGAUAAGGCCUGCCCAGAGCCAGACCUCAGUUCACUCAGAGAACCAUUAAGAUAGAUGUGUGAGUUCUCAAAUUGGAGCCUCAAGAGAAACAAUGGUGUACAGGCCUUGGAAACUGUGGUUUUUCUGUGGAUGGCCUGAUGGGGUCACAGGCAGCUGCACUGUGCUUUACCUCCUCCUCAGUGUUUAUGUUCUGUGGAAAGAAGACACAUCUAUAUGCACCGAUAGGCACAACGAAGAAAUUUCAGUGGUACAAACAGCCUGCCGCAGCACGUGUGUCAUAGGUUCACCUCCUAGGCAGAAACUUAAAUCGUCAGCAGAUUAUGUCUUACUACACGUCACAGUGUAAGCCUUUAUGUCUUGAGUGGGACUUUAUUGUUAGUGUUACAUAUAGGUCAAUAACCUGCAGCAGAACUUUAUACUCAGUUAUAAUAAUGGCUUCUUGGGGCCAUACUGUGGGCAGGAAAAAAGCCUUUUUGACAUGCCUUUGCACUUGGCCUGUUUGUGACGGCUCAGCUUCGUGUCGAGCUAUAUAUACAGUGGUGCUGGAGUCAGAUGCUACUUGUCAGAAUGAGGAAUCGGUGACUGUGUGGAGCUGCUGGAAGAAAGCCACACUUUCUAAAAAGUAUUACCGAGAGUGUCUUGUUGAGAGGCCUGGGCGACACGAGAGUCCUUUUUUUGUAUGACUUGAGUGAUUUUACUCUGAAAUACUUGGCGCUGUUUGCUUAGCGCUUCCUACUCUGGCCAUGAGGGAAAGGCACGUUCACCGUGCACCCGAUAUUUGUUGGAUGUAGGCGCUCAGAUGGCCUUCUUUCCCCUAAGUGUGAUGGGUCCCUUCCUCCCUCACGGAAUAAUUGGUGGUGGGUUGCUCUGUCAGUAAAAAUUACUGUUCUUACUAGCAGAAGCUGUGGAAUUGCUUUAUCAAGGAGAUGAGCAGGAGGAUGGGUGGGAGUGUGGUUGAAAUGGGAGAUUAAAAGCAACAUUUAUGUAGCACUUAAUGUAAAACCAGGAAUUUGUCAGUGGACCAUAAUGAGUAUGGUGGAUGGAGGGGAAUGGAGGUUCUAGGGAGGAGGAGAUGAUGCAGGUGCCAGUGCAGUGUCGUGGGAGCACCGCUGGUUCUCAGCAGGAGUAAACAGGCUGACAGGGUGUCAAGGCUGCACCUCCUUUCCCUAUGGGCUGCACCCCAGAAGUACUGGAAAUGUCAUGUCUGCUGCAUAAGCAGCACUGCUGACUUUUUUGGUGGUAAAGGCACAUUUCAUCGUUAGGUGCAGUGUCAUCUGGUCCUCACACAGUCUUUGACUUGGUGGAAGAAGGAACAGGCUCAUGGAUACAGCUCUUUUUCUUUGUGCUGAGCUCUACGGCUCGGCAGAUGUAAGUCCUGUGGUCACGGUCUGCUAGGCCUUAGAUGUUGGGCUUCAUCCAGCGUCUUUAUGACUUGUUGCCUACCAGUCCCCUUUUUUAUCUAUAACUUAAUUUAGGUUCACAACCUUUUUUACGUUUUAAACAUUUCUAUAAAAUCAUACAGAGUUAAAAAGAGCCAUAGAAUUGAGUGACUAGCCCAAAAUCACAUGACCCAACCUGGACUCAAGUCCUAGACUGCAGACUCUUGCCUUGGGUUAUGUGCUUGUUUUUUCACUGGUAGACCUCGGCAGUCUGAGAUCAACAUUUCUGAAGUAAUUUGCUAUAAACGUUUAUCAUUGUUCUUGGGCAUGUUUUCUGUAUAUUUUGAAUAUUUUUGACAGGGAUCACCCAAGAACGCAACAUCUACCUAUAAGAAAUGGGAAGAAAAUUAGUUGCCUGAGAAAAUAGAAUAUUAAGCACACAACACAGGUUUGUAAAUUGCUCUCAUUUUAAGAUGCUGAAUGCAUAUAGUUAAGGAAUUAUUAAUCAAUAUAUUCUGCUUGAGUUUUUUUGUAUUAACCAAUUCCAGAGGCUAUCUAUUCUUAGUAUCAAGUAUAUUUUAAAUUCUAAAUCUUAAAUUUCUGUUUAUAGGGCACAGUAUAUAAUGGUAUAAAUGAAGAAAAGUCUUACAUUCCAAGAUAGUUUCAAAAUUAGAUUUUAUAAUCAGUGUUAAAAAAACUGAGCAUGACAUAUUUGAUGAUAGUCAUUGAAUGCAUGUGUCUGAUGUGCUGAAAAGUGACUGAGGGUGUGUUCCAGUUUUUAUUUCUGACUGGUUUAUCCCAAUUUACUGUACAAACUCCCUCAGUCGUAUUAGUUUUCCACAAUGGACAAAAGUUAAGACAUUAUCUACUUGCAUGAGAACCAUUCAUAAGGUUAGUUUUAUUUACAAGAGAACUUGAGAUUGGUUUUCGGAUGGCGUAUUUUAAAGGAAUAACUUCAUUUAUAUCAAAACUCUUGUUGCUUUUUGGUAAGAAUUAAUGAGAAGAAAUUAAUAGCGGUUAGCAUGGUUCCAGAUUUGGAGGGGGCAGAACACAAUUUCACUGGGUGGAAGUGGUGGAAGUGGGUUGCAUUUUGUCUUGAAUGCAUGGUGCUGCUGGGCAGUGACAUAGGCUCUAAGCAAGGCAGUGCUCAUAGCACUAAGUGAUGCGACGUGGCAACAGAGCUUCUUAAACUGUACUCUGUGGAUGGCAUCCUUUUUAAGAGAUGCUCAGCACCUAGGACAAGUAAUUAAGCUAGGAAUCCCAAGUAGAUCAAUCUGAUUUAUCUUGAUUUUGGAAUUAGAAACCAUACAUACUCUUCCAUAGCCUGGGGAGUUCCAUUGGGGCCAAGUAAUCAUGAAAGCUGCUUGGAGUUGAAAAGUUACAACAGAAAGGAGCUUGGCUGACUGGCUUGGUAGUGUGAUGGGUUCUUAGUCUCUAGGGGAAGUUCCUGGUGGUGUGUGAUUCCUUUCAGGAUUUUGCUUAAUUUUCACUUAAUUCCUAUGAUUCUGAGCCACACACUUCCAUUCUACCUCCUAGGAGACCAUGCAAAAAUCUCAGCAGUAGAUGCUGUAGUUGGUGUCCUACAAGUCUUCUGCAUCUCACCUGAGAGUGCAGACUUGCUCCAGCAGCCAUGGGUGCGGUCCUGGUGAAGCAGCGCCUAGAGCAUGUGCCACGUUAGUGGGUAGUGGGUGGGAAGGUGAAGCACUUCGUUCCUGUCAGCUGUUUGCUUUGCACAUGCUUGAGCCACCCACUUGUGCUUGUUGGUUAUUCCCUUCUUGCGUGCUCCUGUGGGGACAGUAGAGUUACUGCUGCUGGCACCAGUCAGGACUUGUUCUGAUCCAUCAGAGAAGAGCAGAAGGCAGAGAUGAGGAAGAUGGUAAGCCCUGCCACGAGGCACCAAGCACAAGUGCCCAGAGACGCCGUCUCCUCACUCCAGAUCACAACAAUGCCUGGAAACAGCAACACAAAAUGUAAAUAAGAUCAGCAGGACUUCUGAGGAGUGUGCUUGUAAGCCCAACAGGAUUACUAUGGUCAGAACAAAUUGUCCUGCAAGUAGACAUAAUCACUUAGCAAAUUUGCCGGGUGUGGAGAGUAAAACUUUUUCAAGUACAGAGGAAUGGGAUAGACACUGAAGAAACUUACCAAGGUACGAGUCCGUCUUUGGAGGUGGGAAGGCAAAGGGGAGCUGCGCGGAGCAGCGCUUCUACUGGCGCUGUCCCCAGGCCAGCGGCCUUCUCCCUGUCCUAAGUCAGCAGGACUGCUGGGUGAGCUCCAGCAGGCUUUGAACAAAGCCCUGCAGGUGACUUGCGCUGAAGUUUGAGAACUACGGGUUUUCCAGUUAAAUACUUUUAAUGUGCUAGUGUCUUAGGUAAGCUCCAAGCUGCUGUUCUGUUUUCCUCUGCAACAAAACUGUGUGAUUCUUUGCAGCAAUUGUUAAUGUUUUUAUCUUCUACAUUUUCCCCUACAAGUUCUUGAAAAAUUGAAAAUAUUGAGAAAUGAUGAUGUAGAAGAAAAUGCCAUCAAGUCCCUAUUUAAAUAUAUGGAAAUAACUUUUUAAAAUGGGUAAAAAUAUACAAAGAAAUUUUAGUCUUUGAGUGCUGGUCCUUGUUCAUAACUGACAGUAAAAAUUAUUUGUUUAAGACAC